AAGAUGGCGUCAACAUACUUGAGUUCUUCGGUUCAGCCGCACAUCGCUUGACACGAAAUCAAUCUGUGUGUUUGUAUGAACGAACACAGCACACACCACACACCAACAAAAAUGCUGUUUACCGCUCUUUUCUGUCGCUCUGACAAACACAACUGAGACUAGACAUUGGCAAUUCACCGUAAAAACUAAUGCACACAAAUUUGUGAGGGGUUUGCGUCGCACAAAGUAUCGCGCCAUUUGAAGCAACACACUAUAACAUAGCACACGUGUUUUUUUGCAUCGACAAACCAGUUGCAGAACAUUGUCAGACGUUCAGUUGUUUUGCACACGAAAAAAGUCAAAAUUAGGAAUUGAAUCAAAAAAUAGUUGGAAGAUAAAUACAUUUGGCUUUGUGUUCGAUUGUUUGCGGCUUUGAAGGACAAAAUACAAUUGCUGUCAUGGAUAAAACAUCUGAUGCCAAAGAAGUUCAAGCAAGCGGUUCAUGGUUUCGAGGCUUUGGUAAUGCGUUGCAAGGUUUGGCGCAAAAUCUGGUGGACACCAGCCGUGCAGCGUUCCGACCGCAUUUGGAUGACGCGGAAGAUAUUGACCAAAACGAAGCACCGCCAGCCAAACGACGCCGAUUGACUCAAGAUCUGUCAACAGUUGGCGACGAAGAUCAAGGCCAGUCAUCAACUGGCAAUGUAUAUGAGCCAGCAAUUGCUGCAGUUGCAGAGAGUGACACACAAAGUUCUGAUACCGAAAGUGUUGCUGUGUCGGUCGGUACCGUUAAACGUAAAUUAUUUCUAGACGAAAAAAACGACACACACAAUUAUGACGAAGCAGACACCGAAUGGGUUGUGUCGGUCGGUACCGUUAAACGUGAAAUGAUCGAAGAGGAACAGAACGAAAUAGCUGAUGUUGACGAAGCUGAUACUGAACCGUUGAACGAGCAAAUUGAAGCUGAUACCGAACCGUUCAUCGAACAAGGUGAAGCUGAUACCGAACCAGCUGAGGCGGCGAAAAAACCGAAAAUGUACUUCGACUGGUUGGACGAUAAGACGUUGGUGAAGAUUUUCGAUCAAUUGAACUUGUACGACUUGUUGCAAAUGGCCGAUGAAGACCCACGCAUCGAACAGGUUAUCGCCGAAAAGAUCAUGCCAUCGCGAGUGCUCAAUAUCGGAGAAAUCAGCAAACACUACUCGGUUCGACAUGCGUUUAAGCAUUUCGGCCGAUUUGCACCGGAGGUCGUGAUGAGUCUAAGUGACAUUCAAUGGAAAGACGACAAAUUGAGCGAGAUCGAGGAGAUUUUUCGACUCAUUGGAAAACGCUGUUCGGACGGAAAUCUCAAGAAACUGUCCAUUACAUUUGACAUCAAAGACAAGAAAUCAUGUGAAUUCCGCACAGAUAUCUCCGAAUGCUUCAAGACACUCGAAUCGCUGACAAUAAUGCACUGCAAACGCCAAUCCGCUGAGUUUGAUCAUUGCCUCAAAUCAUUGCUGGCCGGUUGCACUGGGAUGAAAUCAUUGACGCUGAAUCAAAUCAAAUCAAAUGGCAAAUUUCUGUCAGCAUUGGAGGCCAUCAAGAUCCAGGAGUUAACGAUUGAGAGCUGCCGUCUCACUGAAUCUAAAUUCUGGCUCGAAAUGGUGCAAAAGGGAAUUCCGUCGUUGAAGUCGUUCAAUUGGAACAACUUCGUCAUUGCUGGACUAGAUAUGCUCGAGGAAGCAUUCGCUCAUAUCAGCACGGCUUUUCGCAACCUCGAAGAAUUGUGUUUCGAUACAGCGUUCGUUUCAAUGGAAAAGUUCAUCACGUUUGCCAAGUUGCAGCAUAAUCCUUUAAAAGUUCUACGCCUGAAAUGUUCGUGGUAUGACUACGAUGUUCCGGUGGCACUGUCACAAAUGCCGUACCUUCAGGAACUACACAUCGAUAUUCAUGAUCGCUGGGCUCACUGGAGCUUCCGAAGUCGCCACUAUUACCAACGUCGCUUUAGCCGCAACGGCGAAGAGAAAAACGCAGCCUGGAAAAAUGCUAUGCAAUGCUUCACGAAACUAGAAAUCAUCAAGAUUCAAUCGACACAAUAUUGUUUUGACUGGGGUACGUAUAUUGAUUUCGUGGCCAAUUUGCCCGACGUUCGAGAAGUUGGUUUCAAGGGAACCCGCGCAUUCCGACAGAAGCACAUCGAGGAUAUUGUGUCGAUGUCACCACAAAUACAUACGCUGAAGCUGGACGUUCCGAUCGAAGCGUCAUUCACCCGAAAAUUGUACAACACACUCGUUCGCGAUCGCAGUCGCUGGUAUCGCAAAUCGCCGGCACUCUGCAUUUACAUGGACGCGCAAAAGGUGAGCAGCUUGAAGAAAACCGUCGCUGACUACGCUACAAAAGCAAACUGCAUUUGCCUUCAUUCACCAUCGCAAAUGUAAGUUCCACAUCGAUAUUGACACAGAACCAAACAUUUUAUACCCAUGUAAGGUAUAAAUACGUUUGAAUGGCUGCGAAUAUGAUAUGAAAAUAACGAUGGCCAACUGAUUUCAAGAAGAAAAUCCGUGAAAGCGACAAUUAUUAUUUUUCAAUGAAUUUUUUUCUAUACCACAAGAGUGGUAGUUCAUUUAAACAGACAUAGAAGAAUCAUGUAAACUAACCAGAAGGAAUCGAUUCACUUUGAAUCGCAAUUGAACAUUCAGUUAUUUAUAUUUUGAUCAAAUAUUAUUGUCGACAGAAAGAAAAUGCAAAUAUUUUGAAGACGAAUUUAUUAUAAGGAAGAAACAUGGAUCUAAUUUUGUUUUGAUAAAAACUCUCAGAAUAUUUAAUAGAAAAUUUUCAAAUUGGAUUGAAACCAAUUACACAUUUGUGGAAGAAAAAUCGGAAACUUUCAGUUAUAUCAUUUGUGAUUUGUGAGAAAAAGAAUUUCGAAUCAAAAGAAACAGAUCCGAAUUGCGUUCGAAGGCGUUGACCAAAUUAAAUGUUGAUUUUUUCACAUUAGAAUUAGCGAUGAGAAAAAAACAUUCACACAAGCAUAAACAUAGACAUAUGAACUUGUAAGACAUCAACAAAAUGGAUAAAAAACAAAAAUUAUUGAAGAUAUUGAUUUAUAUUCUGUAAAACCCAUUUAUGAAUACAGUUAACAUUGAGCAUUGAAUGUUCAGCAAAUGAAAACAAUUCAAAUUCGAAAUAAAGCGAUGGAAACCUCACAAGAAA